CCGGGCCGAGCGAGGUGGUGUUCCCGCCGUGCCCCAACUGGUUCCUGCCGAGCGUGCUGGCGUGCGACGGGGCGGGCACGGUGGCCUACAGCUCGAGGAACAACGUGGUGGUGUGUCACGGGCUGUGUUGCAGGAACCCGGGCCGAGCGAGGUGGUGUUCCCGCCGUGCCCCAACUGGUUCCUGCCGAGCGUGCUGGCGUGCGACGGGGCGGGCACGGUGGCCUACAGCUCGAGGAACAACGUGGUGGUGUGUCACGGGCUGUGUUGCAGGAACCCGGGCCGAGCGAGGUGGUGUUCCCGCCGUGCCCCAACUGGUUCCUGCCGAGCGUGCUGGCGUGCGACGGGGCGGGCACGGUGGCCUACAGCUCGAGGAACAACGUGGUGGUGUGUCACGGGCUGUGUUGCAGGAACCCGGGCCGAGCGAGGUGGUGUUCCCGCCGUGCCCCAACUGGUUCCUGCCGAGCGUGCUGGCGUGCGACGGGGCGGGCACGGUGGCCUACAGCUCGAGGAACAACGUGGUGGUGUGUCACGGGCUGUGUUGCAGGAACCCGGGCCGAGCGAGGUCGUGUUCCCGCCGUGCCCCAACUGGUUCCUGCCGAGCGUGCUGGCGUGCGACGGGGCGGGCACGGUGGCCUACAGCUCGAGGAACAACGUGGUGGUGUGUCACGGGCUGUGUUGCAGGAACCCGGGCCGAGCGAGGUGGUGUUCCCGCCGUGCCCCAACUGGUUCCUGCAGAGCGUGCUGGCGUGCGACGGGGCGGGCACGGUGGCCUACGGCUCGAGGAACAACGUGGUGGUGUGUCACGGGCUGUGUUGCAGGAACCCGGGCCGAGCGAGGUGGUGUUCCCGCCGUGCCCCAACUGGUUCCUGCCGAGCGUGCUGGCGUGCGACGGGGCGGGCACGGUGGCCUACAGCUCGAGGAACAACGUGGUGGUGUGUCACGGGCUGUGUUGCAGGAACCCGGGCCGAGCGAGGUGGUGUUCCCGCCGUGCCCCAACUGGUUCCUGCCGAGCGUGCUGGCGUGCGACGGGGCGGGCACGGUGGCCUACGGCUCGAGGAACAACGUGGUGGUGUGUCACGGGCUGUGUUGCAGGAACCCGGGCCGAGCGAGGUGGUGUUCCCGCCGUGCCCCAACUGGUUCCUGCCGAGCGUGCUGGCGUGCGACGGGGCGGGCACGGUGGCCUACGGCUCGAGGAACAACGUGGUGGUGUGUCACGGGCUGUGUUGCAGGAACCCGGGCCGAGCGAGGUGGUGUUCCCGCCGUGCCCCAACUGGUUCCUGCCGAGCGUGCUGGCGUGCGACGGGGCGGGCACGGUGGCCUACAGCUCGAGGAACAACGUGGUGGUGUGUCACGGGCUGUGUUGCAGGAACCCGGGCCGAGCGAGGUGGUGUUCCCGCCGUGCCCCAACUGGUUCCUGCCGAGCGUGCUAGCGUGCGACGGGGCGGGCACGGUGGCCUACGGCUCGAGGAACAACGUGGUGGUGUUACGUCACGGGCCGUGCCUGGAGCUGGGGGCCACGCCCAGAGUGUCCAUCAUCAGCGCGGCGCACAAGGAGCGUGUGAGCAGCGUGCACCUGCCCGGCGGCACGGCUCACUAUCCUGGCUCCGUGGCGUCGGCGUGCACGGAGGACUCCGUCAUCAGGCUGUGGGACGUGUCCUCGCACGCCCUCCUGCUGGAGCAGACUGCGCACCAGGGGCUGGUGGCAGUGGACUGGUCGCGGGCCGAUCCCGACCUCAUAGUGUCGGUGGACAAGCACGGCCUCGUGGUGUUCUGGAACCUGCGCUCCAACAUCGUGCAGAGACUCACCUUCCACAAGCUGGGCGCCACCUGCCUGGCCUGCUCUCCGCACCGUGCAGACGUGGUGGCCGUGGGCGCUCACAGCGGCCUGGUGUCCGUGCUCUCCUGCAAGGACAGAGGCCAGGUGCUGCAGCGCAUGCGCGGCCACGACGACGAGGUGUGCGCGCUGGCCUGGAGCCCCGUGGACAGCGCCGUGCCGGGCUCCCGGGAGCCGCUGCUGGCCUCGGGCUGCAGGGCCCGCCAGGUGUUCCUGUGGCGCACCGAGACUGACGGCCGAGCGCAGGCCCGCCUCUCCCUGCCGCCGCACCCCUUCUCCGCCCACGCCAGGUUCCCCGGAGCGGCCGGCACUGCUAGCUUCUACCUGUGUCUGUCCUGGCCGCAGCCCUCCACGCUGGUCUCCAACGCCAUGUUCGGGGAGCUGCUGGCAUGGGAUCUCAGCGCACUGGACGAUACUACCACCACCACCACCGCCACCAAGUCCAAGAAGGGGGGCUGGCCCCCGUAUGUGCGCAUGCUGCACGGCUUCCACUCGCGCGCGCCGUACGUGGUCGUCUGCCCCCCGUGCCCGCGAGACAGCAGCACGGAACACGGCCCGGAGAAUGGAGACGAGCAGCGCGGAGAUCAGCCGAGCACGUGGCCGCGACUCGUGUGGACCACCUCCCAGGACAGGAACCUGGUGGCGUGCUGCCUGCACUCGGGCAAGCUGCUCGCCAAGAUACCAACCUUCUCCAGCGCAGUGUACAGCAUCGCAGCCUCUCCGCUGGACCCCAGCAGGAUAGGCAUUGGCGUUGGUGACGCAGCAAUCCGCAUCUGGAACCUCAAUAACACAGAGGAGUUCGAUGUUGUCUGCCACUGGCAGCGAAUCAAAAGCAAGGUUCUCUCGCUGUCGUGGCACCCGCUGAAGGAGAAUGUGCUGGCGUUUGCGACGGGAGAGGGCCGCGUGGGCCUCCUAAUGACAAACAGCAACAAGCCGCCGAUUGUCUUCAAGAUGCAGCACCGUGGCGCUGUGUACUCCAUGUGCUGGGGACCGUAUAGCUAUGCCUCGGGAGAUGUUCCGGACAAGUUACCAGACGUGGCGUUGUACACGUGUGGGAAUGGAGAAGUUUUCCAGUUUGACCCAUCGUUGCCUGACGAAUGCUCGUCCUACCCCAUGGAGAUGCUGAAGCUGGUGUCUGCAGACAAGAAGGCAGUGCACGGCUCGGAACUGCUCUGGAAGUCCGACAACACGGUCUUCGCUGCUGGGUUAACUGACGGGUCGGUGCACCUGUUCUCUGCACCACACCUGGUGCUGCUGCACUCGGUGUACUCCAUCAAGAAGUACAUACAGAUGUUUGCCUGGCACCCCGAGAGCACCGCGACGGACCCUGGCCUCUCUCCGUACUGCAGCUGGCUGGCCGUGGCGGCCAACGAGAAGACCGUCCGAGUGUUCGACUUCUCUGCCGUCCUGGACGGCCGGCAGACGGCCGAGGACUGCAGCGUGCUGGACGGCCACCAGGACAAGGUGCCGUGCCUCUGCUGGAGCCCGCACAUCAGCGGCCAGCUUCUGUCCGUGUCCUACGACGGAACUGCCCAGGUGUGGGACGUGGCGGCACGGACCGCGCUGGUGGUCUUCUCGGGCCACGAGGGCUCCGUGUUCAGCUGCCUGUGGAGCCCGCUGGACCCCGACCUGGUGUUCACGGGCGGCACGGACGGAACGCUGCACGCCUGGCGCGUCUCCAGGCAGACUUACCAGUCCGUGCACGAGCUAGUGUUGCGGAAGAAGAGUGCAGUAAAGCGCCUGAAGCGUGCCACAGAAGCAGCUGAGAAGCAGGCGCAGCAGCAGGAGUCGGCACAGACAGCCGUUCCGACGGCGGGCGGCGCGGACCAGCGCGUGGGGGAAGGUACGGAAGUGAAGCGAAUGAAGCCCAAGUCGUUGCUGUGGUCCGUGAAGGCGGUGGAGGAGGACAAGAUGGAGGCGUACCUGGCUGCGUGCCGCACGCUGCUGGCGCACAGCGGGGAGGGCACGGUCGCUUGUGCCGAGCACGAAGAGGACUUCCCCUUGCUCGCGCUGUACGGCGACCGCGAGGCCGUGUGCCGCCUGCUGGACCGGGAAGCCAGCACCGUGCAGGAGUCGCCGGCCCUCGCCGAGAGCUCGCAGCACCUGCAGGUGUGGAGGGGCGACAUCGCCGAGCUGCUCAAGGUCGCGGCGCGGGAGAAGAGGCUGUCCACGCUGCUGGUGUCCCUGGCUCCGCUCGUCUCUCACAGGCUGUGGCUGGAGACGUGCCAGGCGUACGCGGAGCAGCUGGCAGAGGGCGGCAAGGUGCAGAAGGCAGCCAGCUACCUGGUCGCCUGCAACAGGCUGGAGGAAGCCAUCGCGCUGCUCGCAGACAGAGACCGCUUCACGGACGCCCUGGUGCUGGCCAAGUGUCGCCUGGCCGACCCCACCCUCGUCGCCUCCAUCACUCGCAAGUGGGCUGACAGGCUGGCCACCGCGGGCAAGCUAGAGAUGGCCGCCGAACGGCGGCUGGUGGUGGGGGAUCUGGACGCGGCGUGCCAGCUGUACGCCCGCAGCAAGCAGGCCGGCUGCCACAGGCUGGCAGCCCUGGUGGCCAGGAAGGCAGGGCAGCUGGACAAGUGUGUGUCCCUCGCGAGGGAGGCGCUGGCAGAGCACCUGGCGGCCGGCAAGUGGUCCCAGGCCGAGGACAUUGUGGCCGAGCACCCCGAGCUGCAGCCGCUGGCUGUGUGGAGCCAUGUCACACGCCUGCUGGUGGACCGUGCCACGGAACCUGGGGAGAUCCGAGCCUGGCUGGGUGGCAGCCCUGCCUCCGCCCGACCCUCCCUGCUACAAGAGGUGGAGGAGUGUGCCACGGCCCUGCAGGUCGACAGGCAACACCUGGGCGUCGCUCUGGGCGAGUUGCGCAAUCUCUCCAGCCAGACGUGGCUGGAGGUGAGCCGGCAGCUCUGCCUGGCCUGGACUGCCGUGCCGCAGGAGCUGGUGUUGGCGCUUCUGCUGCGAGCACUGCACGCCGUCUACCAGACACAGCUGCACGCCGGGCCCCAGAUGCCCUUGCUGCAGCUGUGCAGCUGGCUGAGUCCCGCCGGGCCGCUGGCAGAAGGCAGCGUGUUCUGCCGUGCCAGCCACCCCGUGCACGCGCCGCUGGUCCAGAGCCUGCGAGCCUACCUGUGCGCGGCCGUGGUGUUCUGGCUGGAGGACGCGCUGCAGGGAGACACGGACGGCAGCUGGGCGGAGGUGUGCCGUGUGCUGGGGGAGGUGGUGGACGACGCCGUGGACGCAGACGUGGCUGGCUUCUGCAAGGCGGAGCUGCAGAUCAAGAAGCUGACGGCGAGCGUGGCGAGCACGGCGUGCACGGAGGAGGCACGGCGCGAGCUGCAGGAGCUGAGGCUCGGCACGGAAGCCUUCGAGGCGGCGAGGGUGUGCGUGCCCAACCCCUACUUCCUGUUCUUCAAGCUGCAGAACGCGUGCGCGUUGCUGGCGCAGCGCGAGCCGGGGGCAGAGGCCUUGCACGGCCGCCUGGCCCAGUUGCGUGCAAGCUGCCUCGACUGAUGUGUCGUGUUGUGCAAACACUUUUCAGUUGGUUCCAGAAUUGUAUUUUCAGCAACAUCUAUGUUUUUUUUUUUUUGUUUUCAUUGUAAUUUACAUUUUCAAAAAAACAAAUUGUUAUUGUUUAAGCAACAUAAAA